GUCUUCUUGUUGUCUCCUUGCGCGACGUCGCCGAAAGAACCACUACUAAAGUAAACAAGAAGGAAGAUGAAGAUUCCGUUGUUCCACAUCACAGUUUAGAAAGAGGAAACCAAGAAAUGGCAUCAUCCUCCCCCUCCCCCCUGGAAACUUUCAUCCAAGCCAACCACGCCCGCCUUUCCCAGGAUAUCACAGGAAAAAGUGUUAACGUUUAGCGGAAUUUCUGAUGCGGCAAUGCUAAUGCAUCGCAAAGCGUGCCCAAAUUUGUCAUGCAUAGCAUGCGCACUAAAGAUAGAUAGAUAGAAAGGCUAAAUUUGUGACGCAUGGCUGCAAUCUGUGAAAACCGUAAACGCUAACGCUUUUUCUGGUGAUACCGGAUGCCCUCGCAGUCGGCCUCGCCCGCGGGAUCGGCAUGUUCCCCGACCCGGAAGGAACCUCAAACACAGACACAGAGAACCAAAAUCACGGUCGCAGCAAAGCGAAUUCCCUCGGGUACGCCCUGACCCCCCACCCGAUCCCGAAAAACGGCUACCGUUUUCUGGCUCAGGAAGGCACGCCGCUCAACGUUCUGCUCUACGACGCGCUUUGUCACGAGCCGGAGGAAUUCCUCUACCCCGCGCUGAAAAAAGCCGCAGAGGUGGAUGAAAUUACGAAAAAUUUGAUCGACAUCGGGAAGAAAAUCUACAACAACAGCACACGACAGUAUAAGAAUGAACUCCGGAUGUUCAUCGUCCGGAACGACUUCAUGAUCGAUCACGAUUUCACGCUGAAGCAGAUCGAACUCAUAUCAUUUGUAAAAUCGUCCCCACCCGCCCAGAGUCAAGGUUGAAAAUGAUCUUCUGCUGGACAAAUCCACGAGCUGUGGUUGUGGCGCAUGACAAGUUCCGGAUCGAAGUGUAGUCGUGUUCAGCACCUAGUUCGGCAGCAUCACAGAUCCAAGACAUUUGCCUGAUUCGAGCAUCACAAGUGCAGAAAUACCCUUGGAAAACAUUUGUAAUGGGGCUCCACAUGAGAAACAUUGUAAGCAUGCAGAUUUGCAUGACAAAUCUGCGGUGGGGACGUUUUCACUCAGGAUAACCCAACACCUUCGCGGCGUCGUUUCAGGGCAUGAGCGACGAGGUGCAGUGGAUGCAAGGGUAUUUCGCCAAAAAGUGGUUUGGAGGAAGAGCUUAUCAAAUGUAUAAAAUGUCUGGGUCUGGAAGGUUGGCUUGUGAUGCUAACUUUGGACUCUAAAAAAAUCUGUAUUGCAUGACCAGCAAGAGGAGUCUAGUUUGUGCUAUGCGGGGAGGGCAUUUGUCAUGCGGAGUAGGCAUCAGGAAGGCCUCUAAAAAUCUGUGACGCCAUUACAGACAUCCUGGGUCAUGCAAAAUAUGCAUGACAAACCCGGCAACAUUCCAGACCCAGACACUUUUGCACUUGAUAGACCUGAGAACCAGAAUCUUCUCUCCCAUCAUCACCAGCCGUGCUUCGCGAGUCAGGAACAGCAGCAGAAAACGAUCAUCGCCUGUCGAAAGGGGGAGCGCGAGCAGGUGGAUGCGGUAGAAGACGAAAUAUUCGACGUAAACGCGGAGUUUGCUCAACCGCAAACCAGAAGUCCAUUUUCCUCCACAACGAUGGCGGGUUUUGGAACGGCGUUUCGGGAUCUGAGGACGGCCUAUGAGGCGAUGUUUUUCAGUUCAACGACAAGCAGAGCUGGUCCUAGCAACGGGAACGGCGCAUCAACAUCGCCAUCUGGUCGAAGAUCAGCCUUGACCAACAGUUCCUCAAACAACCCCUUUGCCGUUCUUUUCAUCGCGGAUGACGACGAACGAAACGAGCUGGAUCACAGGAAGAUGUACGAAAUGCAAAUAUGUGUACUUGGUCUGGAAUGAUCCGAGUUUGUGAUGCGAAUUCUACAUCAUGACAAAAUCUCUCAUGUAUGGCCAGCAAAAGGCCAGACUUCUUGUCACCGAAAGAGGAGAUUUGUCAUGUGGAUUAUGCAUUGGUAAUGGUCUGCAGAUGCACCAGUGGUGUACCUGCUCGAAGUCUGUGAUGCUAGGGCUUGCAUUCCAGGCGAUCUGGGUCAGGCAAAAACCGCACGACAAAUCUUGCAUUCUUCCCUUCCGAGACCACAUAUCUGCGUUUGAUAAGAUGGAGCUCGCCAUCCUAGAGCACAGCGACAUGAUCUGCAUCCGACGGUCCUUUGCCGCGGUUUCGGAAGAAUUCGCCAACGGAGAUUUGGUUCUGGAAGAAGGGAGCAACGCCCUGUACUUUUUCGGGACGGAGGGGAACGGGAUGUUAGCGAGCAGCGGUACGAAAAUACAUGCGGAUUUGCAAGCACAGCAUCAGCAUGCUCCCUCCCUGAAACCAAAAUCCGCAGUGGAAAUAUGAGAAUGCACAACUUCAUCCCCUCGACGUCCCCGUCAUUUGUCAUGCAAAAUACCAAAUCCCCCCUUUGCCUGUUGGCACUUUUCGCAUUACACGUUCUGGAACAUCAAGAAGCUCAAACAAAACCACAAGCCUUGGUCGUGAAUUUGUCAUGCAAGAUCUGCACGGUUGCCAACGCUUGUAUUGCUGUUUGUGCCAUGCAAAUGAUUAAGGGGGCUGUGCACCUUCAUAGGAAAUUGUCGCUGUCUACUACCGCUCCGGUUACUGGCUAUCCUGUGCAAAAGUAUCGUACUCGUAGCAAUUGCAAUCAUGCAUCACAAAUUUUUUUCUCAAGGUAAAUCCGCAUCACAGAUUUUACUUCUCAUGCUGAGAAAAUUUGUAAUGCAUUUAUACGAGUACGAUGCUUUUGCAAUUCAUACUGGCCAGACCACUACAAAAACCCGAAAAACCCGGCGGCUGAUUUUUGGGGCGUCCGGUACUUUUUGGAGAAAUCUCGCGCGGCGAAAGUUCCCUCUGUUCUCGGCCAACUGGUCGGGCAAAAGAAGAUCCAGCAACUGCUAGCACUGUACGCCAGCGCGAACUUGGACUUCAGGAUACGAAGGAUUUCCGCAAGUGCUUCUGCUGGUGCUGGUCAAAGCAUGACAGACCGGACCUCAGCGUACCAAAGCCGCAACACAAGUUCCGCGACGAUGAUCGUGAAACACAGCUACCAAAAGUUCAUCACGGAGAACAGGUACGGAUCGCAAAAGGUAUCGUACUGUCAUUCUAGUAUCACUGCAGUUUGUGCAUGGCAAAUCUCCUUCCCGAACUAAAUCUGCAUGAGAAACGAGUAGAUUAAGAUUUUCCUUUUCCAGCUUGCUAAGCGAAUAACUUGUGUUGCAAUUACUACUAAGCGCGAUCCUUUUGCCACCUAUACUAGUGGCUUCAUGGCAAUUUUGGAAAAACUCCUCCCAUUCUUCGCCGAGCAGUUCGACCCGUCCGAGGAAAUCGAAAAGCACCUCAGCCGGAGAUUGGAACGCCGUGAGCUCGAUCUUCUCCGCGAGAUGGCGCCGAUGGUGAUGCAUUUUUGCAGCACCAUCAACAAGGACCACCACGAAGGGAGAAUAAUCCACGGGGACGAGUCCAAAAACUUCGCGGACCACCACCCCCAGGCCUACGCGACCCUGGUUUCUUUUCUCCCCAAUCUGGCGAAACCGUUGCUAAACGUGAACGAUUAUCCUGUGCAAAAGUAUAAUCGUACUCGUAUUGCAGUCAUGCAGCGCAAAUCUUUUUCUUAAGGUAAAUGCGCAUUACAAAUUUUAUUUCUCAUGCUGAGGAAAUUUGUAAAUAAUGCAUUGAUACGAGUACGAUACUUUUGCAGUUCAUAGCGAUUACGUGAUGAAGUCGCAGAUCGAGGGUUCCGGCGCGGUCAUUGUCGGGGUUGAGUUGGUAUGAACUGCAAAAGCAUCGUAGUAGAAUAAAUUGAAAUUGCAUUACAAAUUAGCCCAGCACUACAAAUUAAAUUUUGAAUUUGUAAUGCUGGUUUGCCUUGAAAAUUUGUAAAUGCAUAAAUGCAAUUACUACGAGAACGAUACUUUUGCAGUGGAUAGUUGGGGGACAUUUUGGCGGAAGCGGUUAGGUACGCACUGUAAAAGUAUCGUACUACUAUAAAUCGCAACACAAAUUGGGUCAGCAUUACAUACAAUUUGAGUCUGUAAUGCUGAUUGUCCUAACCAGCUAGAUUUGUAAUGCAUAACUGCGAUUACUACGAGCGCGAUGCUUUUGCAUAGGAUAUUAGGCAGUUGGUGCACAAAAUUUUCGAGAAUCACGGAUUGAUUGACGAGGAAAUUGAUCCGUUGUUGCUGAAGAAGAAAAUGACGAACAAAUCGGCUAGCCAAGAGUUGGAGGAGGAAUUUGGAAUUGGGAUGUUGAAUACCAAUGUCGGGGUGGAAAACGAAGGGGAGAGCUCCGCGAAAUUUUCGAAAAAGUACUACGAAGAAAUCACCAGAAAAGCGAAAAACCUCUCCGAGUUCAUCAUCAUGAGGAAGGUGAAGUGCCCGAGCUUCCUCUCCCCGGUCUUGAUCCCGAAAUUGAGCCAAAUCAUCUUGAGGAAGGAUGCAAUCGGGGAGCUGGGGAUUUUCAGUUGCUUCAUCGGAGGCCGGAACGGACAGCUAUCCAGGAAAAAACAACCAUCCCCAUCGAUUUUAUGCAUCACAAACACAGGACUUCAUACAUGUUUUGCAUGACAAAUUGGAUGGGGAUGGUUGUUUUUUUGUGGAUAGCAGUGCUUGAAAAACUACAGCUACGGUAUCCUGAUGAAAAACGUCCCCACACCAGAGUUGUCAUGCAGAUUUGCAAUGACAAAGACAUUUGUGAUGCGCAUACCCAUGGUAGACAUUUCCAAUCGUGUUUUGGAAUUUGUGAUGCUGAGAACAGGAUAAGCAGAUGGAUCUGCGAUGCGGCUGCACUUGCUACCUUGCACUACACUACGGAGUGCAACUUGUCAUGCGCGACUCCCAAAACUCCUAGGCUUGCGUUGCAAAAUCCCCAUCUUGACUAUGGGGUGGGUACAUUUUUACACAGAAUAUACGGG